AUGGAGGAACGGUCGAUGAUACAUCGCGGCGUGUUCUUCCUGUUACUGAUCACAUGGCUGACAAUUCUGUCAAUCGCGAGGUGUCAAAGUGUUUGUCCUGCUAGAUGUUUGUGUUAUCUCAGCCAAAUACCUAAAAGAAUCGAAUGUUCGAAGCAACAAUUACUGGUAUUUCCCAAAAAUAUUAGUGAUGUAGUAGAGCACCUGGAUCUAUCGGGUAAUUUUUUAAGUAAGAUCACCGAUGAAAUUAAUCGAUUGACCGAGCUACAGUACCUGAAUCUGGCCAGGAAUCAGCUUACUUCCCUACCAAAUAAUCUUGAGAAAUUGCAAAAGCUUCGUACAGUAGAUCUAUCAGACAACAGUAUCGUAAAUACGGCAGAUAUUGCUUCCAUUAGCCAGCUACCAUCUCUGACAGUUCUAUACAUCUCAAGGAAUCUAUUAACCGACUUGAAAGGGCUAACCAGCGACAUGCUUCAGGCACUAGAUGCCGGCCAUUGCCGUAUAAUAGAAUUCGGUAACUCAUCCUUGAAUGGAUUGUCAGCGCUGACAACUCUGAAUCUCGCGGGAAAUCCGCUGAAGAGUAUUCAAAUGCCCGUCAGCGAGACACUGCGAUGGUUAGAUAUGUCUGACUGCGUUCUAAAUUAUCUCAAUCCAGACACUUUUAGCAGACUUCCCGAAUUGGAGGAGCUACGAUUAGUCAAUAAUCCCAAAUUAGCAUAUAGCACUCGAUACUCAACUUUACAGCAUCCGAAGUUAAAGAGACUGGACGUAUCAAGAUGUAAUCUUGAUCGACCUGGUCUUCAUGGUUUCCCAUCGUUGAUGCAAGCUCGUCUCUCUCGUAACGCGAUUCACAUGUUACCAGAUCGUAUUUUCGCCAAAAACAAGCAGCUGACGCACUUGUAUCUGAAUGCGAACAACUUAGAGCGAGUGAAUGCCAGCACUUUCGAAGGUCUGGUGAAGCUUCAGGUGCUGGAUUUGUCCGCAAACAAUCUUGGAGAAGUUCACAGAAUAGCAUUCCAGGAUAAUAUCGAUCUCAGGAUCUUGAAUCUUUCCUACAACUCUCUACGCCGAUUCCCGGAUUUGUCGUCUCUCGUUACGUCGAUGGAUCUAUCUUUCAAUCUAAUCAAUCACUUCAAUGAGAAUUCACUAGAAGAUAUGCCCAGAAUCAGAAGUCUGAAUUUAAAAGAUAAUCAUCUACAAUCAUUACCACGCGGCUUAAAAUCGAGAACAUUGAAAAUACUGGAUGUGCAAAGAAACAGACUUGUUGAGCUUCACAACGAUAGCUUUAAUGGAUUGCCAUCGUUACAAAAAAUUGAUUUGUCAGGAAAUCGCUUGACGGAGGCAAUGGAUCCCGACAUAUUUCGAAACAAUUUAGAUUUGACCAUAGUUCGUUUAGAAGAUAAUCCAUGGAGAUGCGAUUGCACGCAGCUCUAUGUCACCUUUGAAUUCUUAACAGAACCUCCCGCGAAAACUAUGGGAUCAAGCUUGAUUUGUCAAAGUCCGGCAAACGUUUCCGGUUAUUCGUGGGAAGUGGCCUGUUUCGACGCAUGGAACACUGACUUGUAUUAUAAUAAAGACAGAACUUGGGGGAUGGUAAUGAUCUGCUUACUCAUCCUGGUUGUUCUGUGUGGCAGCGUGGUGUCGAUUAAACAUACGUUGAAGAUAAAGAGAAGAAUUCUCGAACAGAGGCAACAAAUAGAAUCAGCAGAAGAGAGAGAAAGAUUACGAUUUUUGCAAAGAAGGAAUCAACAUUUAGAGGAAGAAAUAGAAGAACUGGAGACUCUAGAAGAACCCAGAAUUAAUCCUUUAGAAUUAAUCGGACCACCUAGCUAUGAAGAGGCGGUCCAAAUGCCCAGACUGGCUCGCUCCAUGGACGCUUUAAACGAGAUCUCCAUCGAAAAUGGCACCUUGCGCUCCAUAAAUUCCGUGGAUAAUCUACGGACAAAGAAGAGGAGAGCGAGGAGACCUCGGAAACGAACUCAGAGCGAGGAUGAUUUGCUGAGACGAGAAGAACGCCGGCAGGAACGAAUCAGAAGAGAAAGAAACAAUUCUAGCGGAAACAUCUGCGACACGGAUCAAUCGCACAAUACGAAUCCCAGGAAUCCUAGGAUCUCCUCGGCGCGCAAAACCAGGAGGCACAGCAUCGUGGACGAGGCCAUCGAGUCCAGUAGCAGCAAGGACAGGCCAAGGCCGCAGACUCCCUCCUCGAGAAGAAGAAAGAGGAGACAGGUGUUCAGAACCGAGCAUGUGACCGACGACGAAGAUUCUGACGUCCAAGUAAUGACGUCCAACCGGUCCAUUGUCAUCAAGGAACUCAAACGAGAACCCAAGAGCGGUUAUAGAGAAUCAUUCGUGGAACGCGAAACUUAAACUACAUGUGAAUUAUUUCACGACGGAUAAUAAAUUUUUUAGUAGAUUUAAUAAAAAUAUAGAAAAGAAAAGGGAAACGCAAACUUUUAACAUUUUCGUUGCACUUAUCGGACAUAUGCAAUGAACAUCGUAUAUUUCGCACACGACGGGAAUCUUUAAUUUUAAAUCUUACUUUAUCGACACGAAAAUCAUCUCUAAGUGGUAUGAUCUUAUUUGACACUAAAUCAACAGGGCGGGUGCGGAUUCAUGAUAACAUACGUCAGUUGCGCGAUAACGUUACGACAGUUUUAUCUCGUCAAACCGGUUUUUUUCUCUCGUGUUAAAUACACAUAUUGCCCAAGGAAGAUUAGUAAUCAAGGAAAUGACAAAUGAGACGACUGGCCAAUAGUAAAAGGUUUACUCUGAAGAAGAGCAAAAGCGUCUUCCUGGAAUACUGUCUCCUCCAGUCGAGAUUCUCCAGCUAUAAUAGCAUAAGAUUACCAGCUUGAAUAUUGCGAAGACGUGCCGAUCUCAAAUUACAGUAAUUUCUUGUCAAUUUAAAAAGAAUUAAGAUGCUGCGAGAUUACAGUUAUGAACUAAUCGUCUAUCAUGUUACUGUAUCAUUUAUGGGAAUGAGAAUGGCGGUGAAGAGCAAUACGCAUAGAUUAUAAAUAAUUAAAUUAUUAAAUAUUUAGCUUACAUUCAGUAAUACCCUCUAAAUGAUUUAUUAAAUACUAUCGCUACUAUGGUAAACACUUCACAAAUUCUUCUAUCACUUAAAUGACGUUGCCUUAUUUAAGAAAAAAAUAUAAAAACUUAAGAUUUUUAAAUUUGUGAACAGAUAUUAAAAAUACAUUUAUAUCUGUACAGGAUAUAUUGGCACGAAAAGAAUACACACAUGUAUUUGCAGUUUCUACUUAUUUGUUUCUUCCUUUGCAAACGUCGGUAAUUGUGAUAUGACUUGUCUUACUUUCUUUAAGUGCAAAGUGUCGUUGGAUAAUUAUAUAACUGAUAUAUAUAAAAGUAAUCGUGACAAUGUCGAUGACGUGUUUGCAAGAAGAACAAAGUGAGGUCAAAGAUUAUACCGGUGACGCACGAUUAAAGUAAAUGAUGAUAUCAACAAAA